CUUAUGAUGCUAUUACUGAAGACAAUCCAGUUCCACCUGAUAUUACAUUAUAUGAUACAAUCACCUUUGUAGCUCAAGCAUGGAAAAACGUUACUGUAGGUACAAUUAUUCGCAGCUGGAGUAGAGCCGGGUUGAAAACCUCUGAGCUUGAAGAAACCGAAUUGGAAGAAGAAAUUAUAAAUCUUAUUGAACGUUUACCAAUUAGCGAUCCUUUAAAUGUACAUGAAUAUAUAGAGAUUGAUCAAUAUAUGAAUAUCGAAGAAGACUUAACUAUAGAUGAUAUUAUUGAUGUAGUAAAUGGACAAGAGGAGAGCAAAUCAGAAAAAGAACAGAAAGAAAUAGUUAAAAUUGGAGAUGCAAUUGUAGGACUUGAAAAGUUGAUACAAUAUAUUCAGCAAAAUGAUUUGGAAAUUACUUCAUCUUUAAUGAAAGAUUUAUAUAACCUUAAAAG